AUGAAUCUGAUCUGACCUUGUAGUUUAACAGUAAUGGCGAGCUUGAUUCGUUUAAGCACUUUCUGCCAAAGAGGAAUAAGACCUGUGCUUCUCUGCAACACACACCUGUCUCGUGGGUUGGUUGCCUAUCAGAAGAAUCGAGAUGUUGAGCCUUUCCGAUUGACAGCAGGGAGGAUCCAUGCAGCUUCAUCACACUCCAGUGAGGCGGCCUCCAUGCACUGGACGGGUGAACGGGUGUUGAGUAUAGUUCUGUUAAGUACUCCAGCAGCAUACCUGUGUCCUGGUCCACUAGUGGAUUACUCUAUUGCUGCAGCUCUCACACUGCAUGGACACUGGGGGAUUGGUCAAGUCCUAACAGACUAUGUCUAUGGUGAUGUUAAGGUCAAGCUGGCUAAAGCUGGCGUCUUGUUGCUCUCCACAACCACGUUCUUUGGUCUCUGCUAUUUCAAUUACCAUGAUGUUGGUCUCUGCAAGGCAGUUGCCAUGCUCUGGCAAAUAUGA